UUUAAAGGCGCAGUCAGUUCCUAGCGCUCGAGGUAAACGGUUCGACUCCAUUGCAAAAAAAUUAUAUUUUUUAUUAGUUUUAUUAUUCAUUAUAAAACAUUACUUUGAACUGAUUAAUUACUAAAAUUAUUAAUUUAGCGCCUAAAUAAAAUGAAAAUGCAUUCAAUUAUUUGUAUUCUUGUUAUUUUCGGACUCUCACAAGUCACCAUGGGAAUUAUCGCUCCAGAUGCAGGGACAUUUUUUAAUUCAACUAUUAAAGGAAAUCUCACAAAAGUAACUUGGGCACAUGCUGUCAAUGAUGCUCUGAAAUUGAAUUUAACUCUAGCUGAUGAGUCAAUAAUGAUGGUGGAAGCGGAUGUUGUGCUGGGAACUGUCGACGAUUCGAUGGACGUAAUUCCCAUAAUGGCACAUCCGCCAAAAAACACAAGUAAUUUAUCACUCGAGGAUUUUCUGACCGCUAUUGUUGCGAAUGGAAAACGCGGUGUUAAAUUAGAUUUUAAAACUAUCGAAGCUUUUGAUGUAAGUUUGGAUAUUCUUGCUGAGAAUCGUCCAAAUAUGACAUUCCCAGUAUGGCUAAAUGCUGACAUUCUUAGUGGACCAGUUGAUUCAGAGGCAACACCCGUUGAUGCUACACAAUUUAUAGAAAAAGCAAAGAAAGCUUUCCCAGAAAGUACUUUAUCAGUUGGAUGGACUACGAGAUAUGGAAUAUUGCCACUGAUAUCAUCUGGGAAUUACACAGAAGCUCAAAUUGACGAAAUGAUAAAAACAGUUUCGAAUGUAUCGCAACCGGUAACUUAUCCAGUAAGAGCCGGAUUAGCUGUUAAUGAUAUCAGCGUAUGGUCAAAAUUAUUGAACAACACUGCCGAUAAAAAUGCAACGUUAACUGUCUGGUCGGGCGCGGGUGAUCCAGUAGACAUUAACGGAUUAAUAAAAUUAAUUCAAGAAAUCGGUUAUGACAGAGUCUACGUUGAUGUACCGGAAAGUAUUCGUAAGGAAAUUGACGGUUCUAAAGCCUCAUCAACAAUGUGCAGCUUUAUGUUACUUAGCUCUGUUAUCUUAGCUAACGUUUUAAUAUCGCAGAUAUUUUAAUCACUAUAUAAAAAUAUUUAUUAAUAAUAAUUCAUUAAUUAUACUUUCAAAUUCACAGCAUUUAAGUAUCCACACUUCAUUUUUAAUACUUUUAAAUUUAUAAAUAAUUUAAAAUUAAUGAGUAAUAAAAAUAUUUCACACGGUAGCCAUAGUAAACAUUACAAAAUUUUUUAUUUAUUUUCACUGUCAUUUUAUCUACUAAUUGCUAUAUAUUAUAAAUUUAUUGUUCAAGCGAAAUAAAUAAAUAAUAUUUUUAAUAAUUCA